AUGCCACGAGGUCAGAAGAGUAAGCUCCGAGCCCGUGAGAAACGCCGCCAGGCCCGUUGUGAGAGGCAGGGUCUGGAGAGUGCUCAGGCUAUUGCGGAAGAGGAAGGAGUGUCCCUCUCCACUGCCUAUCCUCUCUCUGAGACCAGACCUGAGAAUUUGCCUGAUGCUGGACUACCCAGUGCUCCUACAAACCCUCAGGGAACCCCAUCUACCACCAACACUCCUGAGGCUGUUUCAUGCACCAAUUCAGAGGAAGGUGCCAGCAAACAAGAUGAGGAAAGCCAAACAUCCUCACAGAGCACACAGAAUUUCUACAGAGAUCCUUUAAACAAGAAGGUAGUUUUAUUGGUGCAGUUCCUGCUGCAGAAGUAUCAAAACAAAGAGCCAAUUAUGAAGGCAGACAUGAUAAAGUUUGUUAACAAAAAGUACAGGCUUCAUUUCGAUGAGAUCCUCAGGAGAGCCUCUGAACACAUGGAGCUGGCCUUUGGUGUUGAUUUGAAGGAAGUGGAUCCCAUCAGGCACUGCUAUGCCCUUGUCAGCAAACUGGACAUCUCCUUCGAUGGAAUGAUGAAUGAAGAGAUCAUGCCCAAGACUGGCCUCCUGAUGAUUGUGUUGGGCGUGAUCUUCAUGAAAAGCAACUGCGCCACCGAGGAGGAGAUCUGGCAAGUGCUGAAUAUGAUGGGCGUCCAUCCUAAUAGGAGGCACUUCAUCUAUGGGAAUCCGAAGAAGGUCAUCACAGAAGAUUUGGUGCAGCUGAAGUACCUGGAGUACCGCCAAGUUCCCAACAGUGAUCCUCCAUGCUAUGAGUUCCUGUGGGGCCCAAGAGCCCACGCUGAGACCACCAAGAUGAAAGUGCUGGAAUUUUUGGCCAAGAUCCAUAACACCAUUCCGAGUGCCUUUCCAUCCUGGUAUGAAGAGGCUUUGCAAGAUGAGGAAGAGAGAGCGAGGGCCAGAGUAGCAGCCAGGGCUCGCACUGCUGCCAUGGCCAGUGCGCGCUCCAGGGCCAUGGUCAGCAGGUCCUCCCACACUAAGUGA